GUUGGUCAAAUCAUAAAUAGGCGGAUUAUGGACGGAGACAUUGUUUUCAUUAAUAGGCCACCUAGUACUCAUAAACAUUCAUUACAAGCAUUUUCUGUCCAUGUGCAUGACGACCAUACUGUUAAGAUCAAUCCCCUUAUUUGUGCUCCCCUAGGUGCAGAUUUUGAUGGGGAUUGUGUUCAUAUAUUUUAUCCGUCUCUAGCAGCAAAGGCAGAAGUUUUGGAGCUGUUUAGUGUUGAAAAGCAAAUCCGUAGUUCUCAUAGUGGUAGUCUGAAUUUACAACUGGUGCAUGAUUCUUUAUUGUCACUUAAACUCAUGUUUAGGACUUUUUUCUUGAACAAAGCGACUGCGCAACAGUUGGCUAUGUGUGUUUCACGUUUACUGGAACCUGCUUUGCUUAAGGCUCACCAUACAGGUCCUCUGUGGACUGUUUUGCAAAUGGUACAGAGUGUUUUACCUGCAUUUUUUGACUGCUUUGGGGAGAGGCAUUUUAUCAGUAAAAGUGAAAUGGUGAGGAUUGAUUUCAAUAGAGAUUUACUGCAGUCAUCAUUCACAGAGAUUGUUACUUCUGUUCUUGACAAGAAGGGAACAGAAGAGGUUGUUAAGUUCUUUAAUAUGUUGCAGCCAUUGCUGAAGGACAUUCUCUUUUUAGAAGGAUAUAGUGUUGGCCUGAAUGAUUUUGACAUUCCCAAGGCUGUUACUGAAGAUAUAAAGAAGAAGAUUCAGGACAUAUCACCUUUGCUGCUUCACUUGAGAUCAAAUUACAAUGAACUUGUAGAGUUGUUAGUGGAAAGCUACCUGAAAACUAUAAAACUGCCAAUCGUGACUCGUAUUCUAAAGUUAUCUGCUUUGGGUAAUUUGAUAGAUUCUAAAAAUGAUUCAGCUAUCAGUAAGGUUGUUCAACAACUUGGCUUUUUGGGGCUUCAACUUUAUGACCGAGGGAAGUUUUAUUCAAGGCGUUUGGUUGAGGAUAUGAGUUUCCACUUCCAAAAUAAGUAUUCUUAUUCUAUUAAUGGUGUUGACUAUCCUUCUAAGGCAUUUGGGUUAGUUAAGAGCUCCUUUUUUCAAGGUCUGACCCCCUAUGAAGAGUUGGUCCAUUCCAUAUCAUCCAGGGAAGUGUUGAUCCGUUCUUCUAGAGGACUUACUGAACCAGGAACUUUGUUUAAAAAUCUAAUGGCCACACUUAGAGAUGUCGUUAUCUGUUAUGAUGGGACAGUGAGAAACCUCUGCAACAAUUCUAUAAUUGAAUUUGAGUAUGGACAGGUGGACAAAAAUAGUCCUGGCAGGUCUCUUGCUGGUGAACCAGUCGGUGUAUUAGCUGCUACUGCAGUAUCAAAUCCUGCAUAUAAAGCAGUUCUUGAUUCUUCUCAGAGCAACAACUCUUCAUGGGAAUCGAUGAAGGAAAUACUUUUGUGCAAAGACUUCAAGAAUGAUAUUAUAGAUCGGAGAGUUAUUCUAUAUUUGAAUGAGUGCUUCUAUGGGAAAAUGCAUUGCAAGGAGAAUGCAACAUAUUUAGUUCAGAAUCGUUUGAAAAAAGUCGCUUUAAAGGCAUCGACAAAUACCUGA